AUGAUAAUCAAAUCGAAGCUUCCAAAUCUAGAGAUCCCAAAUAAGACGUUUCACGACUUCUUGUUUGACGAGUGGGAGAAGUUUAAGGAUGAUGUCGCUAUUAUCGACAACGACUCGAUCGAACAGUUCACCUUCCAAGACAUCAAAGAGAAGGCUGAGUACAUUGCCAAGUCGUUGAUGUACAUGCGAGUCGAGAAGAGUGAAGUGGUCCUUCUCGUUAUGGAUUGGUCGCCAGCAGCUAUCUACAUCUCGCUGGGUGUCUCAAUGGCAGGCGCCGCCAUACAAAUCGUCUCACCGAAACUUCAAGCAUGGGAAAUGCAAUUUCCCGUUAGAGAGAGCGAAUCGAGAUUUGUGUUCUCGGAUUCCCUAGGACUCCGUGAAAUUGAUAAAUUGAUGAAGACUUUGAACAGAGAGUACAGAAUUAUCUGCACCGGAACUCGCGACUUUGCAAACGGGUACCCAAUUAUUGAGGACUUGGCAUUCGCCGCCGCACAAGACCUUCCAUACCACAAAAUUGAUCCGGAGACCGAUAUUGUGUACCUUCCGUAUUCUAGCGGUAUUCAUGGAAAGCGUAAGGGAAUUGUGACGACUCACCGAAUCAUGGUAGCAAAGACGAUGGUUAUGUGGAACCCAACACAGCACACAGAGUUUCAACGUGGUGACACUACACUCACAAUGAUUCCACUUCAUAAGCAAAUUGGACUCGAUGCAAUGUAUUGUGCACUUCUAAAUGGUUUGACUGUAGUGACUGAGAAAAACUUCUGUGUGCACUCGUUUAUGACUUGUAUUCAGAGAUAUAAGAUCCGCGCAGUCCAUCUCACCCCAUAUCUGAUGAACCUGAUGAUGUUCGAAGCUGAAAAUCAUGCUUACAAUGUGGAAAGUUUGGAGAGGGUACUUACCGGAGCGGAUGCAGUGACUGAGGAGUUGUAUGAGGACUUUACUGCAUGUUUCCCGUCCGUGAAGAGAAUUACGCAGACCUAUGGAAUGACUGAAGUCGGUUUGAUUUCCCGUAACUACAAAGACGACACCCAAUUCACACAUUCUUGUGGUCAACUCACUGCAAAUUUGGAGCUGAAAGUUCUAGAUGUUUUAACUGGAAAAUUGUUGGGACCCCGAGAGAAAGGACAGAUUUGUGUGAAGGGCCUUCCAGCUGACUCACCGUAUUUGAAUAAUCCACGUGCCACAGAGGAACAUUUUAUUGACGGAUGGAGAAAGACAGGUGAUAUUGGAUAUUUUGAUGAAGAUGAGAACAUCUACAUUGUGGACAAACUAAAGGAAAUGAUUAAAGUGUUUGGGUAUCAAGUGAUUCCAAAAGAGAUUGAAACACUUCUACUGACUCACCAAUCUGUGGAGGAGGCUGCAGUGGUGGCAAUCAAUAAUGAGUUGUCGGGAGAGAGACCAGUCGCUUUUGUGGUUUUGAAGAAGGGACACCAAGUGACAGAGGAUGAUUUGAAGGAUUAUGUGAAUAAACGCGUCAUCCGCUACAAACAUCUCGUCCGUAUCAACAUCACACAGUUCCUUCCUCGUUCUGCAUGUGGUACUCUUCUCCGUCGUCUUCUGGCUGAAGCCGCUGUCAUGUCAGUUGCCUCGAUUGCAGAUGUUGAGAAGGAGUUUGCUGAGGAGGUCAAACAUGCAUUGGCUACUUGA